AUGUUUUCGAGAUCGAUAUUCGUCCUUGCAGCUUCGAUCUGUGAGCUUGCUGCUGCUCAAACAUACUCCUCCUGCAAUCCUCUAUACACAUCCGGCUGUCCUGCGAACACAGCACUUGGGAAAGCUAUCAGCGUCGACUUCACGAAAGGCGAGGUCAACUCCUUCACCGCCAUUGGCAAUCCUACCUACGACUCGAGCGGCGUACACUUUACAGUCUCAGGCAGCGGAGAUGCUCCCCAACUAGCCAGCGUAUUCUACAUCAUGUUCGGGAAGGUUCAGAUUACAAUGAAGUCGGCUCCUGGAGCAGGUAUCGUUAGCACACUGGUGCUGCAAUCGGAUACACUCGACGAGAUCGACAUGGAAUGGCUGGGAGCAGACGACUCCGAGGUUCAAACAAAUUACUUCGGAAAGGGAGACGUUACGACUUACAAUCGUGGAGCCUUUAAUCCUGCGCCAAACAACCAAGGAGAAUUUAUCACAUACACAAUCGACUGGACUGCCGAACAAAUUAAAUGGUCUGUUGGCAAUACCGUGGUUCGAGUCCUUACUCCAGCCACGGCAGAUACAAAUCAGUACCCACAAUCACCCAUGCAGAUCAAGUUUGGUUCAUGGUCAGGAGGAGAUUCUUCGAACCCAUCUGGUACGAUAUCCUGGGCUCGAGGACCGACAGACUAUUCCAAAGGGCCAUUCACAAUGACCGUCCAGUCAAUUGCCGUAACCGACUAUUCGACUGGAACGCAAUAUAAAUAUGGUGACACCAGCGGUAACUGGGAGUCCAUUCAAGCAGUCGGUGGUAAAGUCAACGGAAAUUCUGGUGCGGCCGGAUCUCCAAUAGCCACAGCAGACGUUCCAGCCGUGACUUCUGCAUCACCAUCUAUUCCAGCAGGCUUGGGAGAUAAUCACGGAUCUACAGCACAUCAAACUGGCUGGCCAUGGGUGGCAACUACAACUCUCUCAACAGUGACUUCCGUGCCCACCGUUGCCGGAAUACCAGAUGGAUGGAUCAUUACCUCAUCCGGAAAAAUACAGCCUGCAAAUUCUGCGGCAGUACGUAUGUCCUAA